AAGGCACCCAAUUUCCAGUUUCAGAAUAUGGCUUCUACCUCUUCCGCUAAGCCUUCACAAUCAACUCACAAAUUCACUUAUGAUGUUUUUUUGAGCUUUAGAGGUGAAGAUAUUCGCAAAACUUUUUUGGAUCAUCUUAAUCAUCAUCUUAAACAGAAGGGAAUUCAUACCUUUAAAGAUGAUGAGAAACUAAAGAGGGGAGAGUAUAUUGCUCCGACUCUGUUACUAGCCAUUAAAGAAUCAAGAAUUGCAGUUAUCAUCUUUUCCAGAAACUAUGCAUCGUCAACAUGGUGCUUGGAUGAAGUUGCAACCAUCAUGGAAUGCAAAGAAAAGUUUGGCCAAGUUGUGGUGCCAAUUUUCUACGACGUGGAGCCUUCACAUGUGCGCAACCAAACAGGAAGUUUUGAUGAAUCCUUUACAAAACACCAAAAAAAUUUCAAAGAUGAUAAGGGGAAGGCGAAGGUUGAAACGUGGAGGAACGCUUUGAGAGAGACAGGCAAAAUUGUAGGGCACGAUUUACAGGGUGAUAAAUACAACGGGUAUGAAUUAGCUUGUAUCCAAGGAGUUGUAAGUGACAUAUUCAAACUGCUUCCAACCCAAAGUAUCCAGCAAAAUUUGGUGGGUUUAGAGUCGCAACUUGAUAAGAUAAGUAACUUGAUAAAACUGUCUUAUAGAGAUGAUGAUAAAUUAAUAUUAGGCGUUUGGGGUUUGGGCGGUAUAGGAAAAACAACCCUUGCAAGAGUUGUUUUUGCUCAAUUAUCUGAAAGAUUUAAUCGCACAUGUUUUCUUGCUGACAUUCGAGAAAAUCAUAGUAAACAUGGGUUGGUAGCCUUGCAAAAGAAACUCCUAUCAAAACUUCUGAAUGAAAGUCGAAUGCGUACAGAUGAUGCGGAUGAAGGAAUUCAGGUUAUCAAGAAAAGGCUCCAAUUGCUGAAAGUGUUGAUUGUUCUUGAUGAUGUAGAUCAACAGGAGCAAUUAGAUAAAUUGGUUGGAAAUGGUGAAUGGCUUUGCGAAGGUAGUUUAGUCAUCAUAACUACAAGAGACAAGCAUUUAUUCACUCAAUUUGGAGUUGCCUUUGAAUGUUAUGAAGUAAAGAAAUUGGAUAAAGAAAAAGCUCUUCAACUAUUUAGUUGGCAUGCUUUCAAAAAAGAAUCUCCAGAUAAUGAAUUUGUAGAUCUGUCUACAUCUUUUGUAACUUACGCGGAUGGUCUUCCAUUAGCUCUUAAAGUCUGGGGCUCUUUUCUAUGUGGACGAGACAAUAAACAGUGGAAAAGCACACUGGAGAUGAUUAAAACCAUCCCAGAUGAUGAGGUUAUUGAGAAGCUUAAGAUAAGUUUUGAUGGGCUUAAAGAUGGAGAGAAAAGGAUAUUUUUGAGUAUAGCAUGUCUAUUUCGUAAAAAGAGUAGAGAUUAUGUAGAAGAUGUACUUAAGAGUUGUGAUUUGCAUCCUAGCAUUGGAAUAUCAGUGCUAAUCGAAAGAUCUCUUCUCUUUGAAUCAAAUGGAUGUAUGGAUAUGCACGAUUUGAUACAAGAAAUGGGUUUGCGUAUUGCAAGAGAAAUUCCUAGGAGGAUGAUAUGGCAGCUUGACGACCUGCUAGAUGACGUGGAUCAUGAAGAGAUGGAAGGUGUUUUGGUCACAUAUAGAGACCGACAGAGCUAUAAUGAAAAUAUUAGCUGUGUGAUUGAAGCUUUGAAAGGGAUGAAAAAAUUGAAGAUACUCAUAGUUGAAGGGUAUGGUAAUUAUUUUUGGAGUGGUUUAGAGUUUGAGGAAAGUUUUGGUAGGAGCAUUAUGGAUAAUUAUCUUCCUAGCAGUUUGAGGUGGCUUCAUUUCUCAUCUUAUCAUUUCUUUUCAUUACCCGAAAGCUUUAAUCCAUCAAAGCUGGUUGGGUUUCAUUUACCGUAUAGUUCACUCAAAACUUGCAUCAUAACAAAGAACAUGAACAAAUUGGUUUAUUUGGAUCUCAGCUCUUCCCGCUCUUUGUUGGAAACCCCAAACUUUGAAAGGAUGCCAAAUUUAGUGAGAUUAGACUUCCGAGGCUGUGUGAGUUUAGAAAAAGUCCAUCCAUCUAUUGGAUGUCUUGAGAAGCUUGUUUUAUUGGAUUUAAGUCACUGCAUGAAUCUUGAGAAGCUUCCCAGCUUCACUCAAGUCAAAUCUCUGGAGUUUCUCAAUCUUAACUUUUGCAAAAAAUUAGAAAAAUUUCCAGAGAUCCGGGCAAGUAUGCCAUAUCUACUGGAGCUGGAAUUGCGAUACAUUAUUGGGAUUGGAGAAUUCCCCUCAUCAUCCAUCCAACAACUACAUGGCCUCACUAAACUACGUUUGGUUGAUUGUCAUAAUCUUGUUCAACUUCCUGGAAGCUUAUGUGAGUUAAAAAAUCUUAAAGUUGUUGAAGUUGAAAAAUGUCCUAAGUUGAAGUCCUUGCCAAUAAACAUGGGCAACUUGUCCCAAUUGGAAAAGCUUCAUGUACAUUCAACGGCCAUUCUUCAACUCCCAUCUUCAAUCAAGCGGUUGUUGUUACUAAAAAUGCUAGAGCUCUCUUCUCUUAAAAUGUUGGACCAAGGGCUCCCUCAAGAUUUUGGAUGCGGCUUGAACUCGCUGGAGUACUUGAAUCUGAGUGAAAACAAUUUUGUACAUUUACCUGAAAGCAUCAGUCAACUCCCUAGCCUUAAGUACCUUGACAUCAGAUGUUGUGAGAGGCUUGAAGAGCUACCACAACUCCCACCAACUAUAUGGGAACUAUAUGCAGAUAUUCGUUUUGCCUUUGAAAGCAAUAUAGCUGAGCUAUUAACCAAGUACUUGGAAUUAUAUUCAAUCUCAUUCACUCAUAAUCUUGCGGUUACUAGAGCUUCCAGCUGGUUAAGUUCAUCAGCAAACAAGCUCAUUCCUUUUUCAAGGCCAUCAGAAGUAAGGAAUCUCAUUCAUUUUUCAAGGUCUUUUCUCAGAAUGACUCCUCUCAGUGUUAUCUUUUUUACUGAUUUGACUGGGAGCGAUAUCAACACACGCUUCAAAUAUAAAUGUGAUGGUGCAAGUAGGAUUUCAAUUCAUCUUCAACCCUUCUGGUACACUCCAAAUUUUCUGGGAUUUGUUGUAUGUUGUAUUCUCCCUUCAACAACUAUAUGGGAAUCACAUUUGGAGCAUUGUGCGGUCAUAGCCAAACUGGCAAGCAAUGAUAAUACAAGAAAUGAAGAAGCUCCCCAAACAAGGUGUGUGAUCACCAAGCUAGAUAAGGAUACAAUAAAAUUCUUUGAGCCACGUACUUGCUUUGCCUACAUACCAUUUAGUAGUCUGUGGAAUGAAUCAAAGGCUCAGAAAGAUGCUGGUGUUACUCCCAAUCAUUAUUCAACAUUUGAGGCAUUUCUGGAUUCUCAAGUUUCAACAGAUUGGGGUUGUAGUUUGUUAUAUAAAGAUGAUGACUUGAUAAUUGAAGCAAUGAUAGACUGUGACGUAAUUGGUAAAUACAUUUGACUUGAGAGUUAUUAUUGUUUCAAUUACAAUACUCAUUUCGUCUUUUUCUUAUUCCCCACUAUAUUUUUUUUUUCUUUAUGCUUUAACAAAUAAAUU